AUGGCUGAUAAUGAAAGUGAUGAUGAGUGUGAUGAUGAUACUGAUGGUGAAAGUGAUGAUGAUACUGAUGAUGAAAGUGAUAAUGAUACUGAUGAUGAUACUGAUGAUGAAAGUGAUGAUGAAAGUGAUGAUGAUACUCAUGAUGAAGUGAUGAUGAUACUGAUGAUGAUACUGAUGAUGAUACUGAUGAUGAAAUGUUAUGAAAGUGAUGAUGAAAUCGAUGAUGAUACUGAUGAUGGAAGUGAUGAUGAAAGUGAUGUUGAAAGUGAUGAUGAUGCUGAUGAUGAAAGUGGCGAUGAAAGUGAUGAUGAAAGCGAUGUUCAUUGUCAUUGUGACGACGUUAAUGCUGAUGGAAACUGUGAUGGACAUGAUGACUAG